UAAUAAAUAAAUAAAUAACAGUAGAAAUAAUUAUUUAUUGCAUGUACUCUGUACUGUAUUUUACAAAUUGUAAUUGUAUUCUUUAUAAUAUCUUUAUUCUUGUAUAACUUGUAUUUGGAGUUUUGAGACUGGCGUGGUGAAUGUGGUGAUAUUCACUCACGUGAAAGCUGAUAGUAUUAGUAUGCACCAGCACCCUACAAAAUUGAAAAAUAUGCCUAUUAGUAUUAUAAGAUAAUGUACAUAGUUCGAAACUUUCAAGACCAUUUACUAUGAAGUAUUUAGAAAAUACAUUUUUCAAAAUGUUUACAGAAGUCAUGGUUCAGUUAAUUGAGUAGUAAAAUUGUUUAUUUACAGUUUAGCCAUUUUGUUCCUGUUUUCAUACACUCUGUGCCUCCAUGUACUUACAAAAAUUAUUCUUCUAUUCUAUAUAGUUUCGCUUUCACUGUGCUAUCUAUCUGUCGCCCCGUUCAGUGACCAGUGAGUUUGUCUUUGUGUUCAGCAGUAGGGUCACUCUCGAUUUUGAUGGUUCCAAUUUUGUAAUCCACGACUGAGACAAAAUUUUGAAAGCUGUUCAGUGUCGCAAUAGAUUCAGUGUUCAGCUUUUUUCAUUUAUUAACUAUGGAAUCUAACAUUGAAAUCAAGGAAGAGUCUGCUGAAUGUGGCGAAAGUCACAUAAUGAAUCAGUUAUUCACAUCAACCGAUCUUGAGGACUUAAAGAAUGGACCAGCAGGUAAUUCAGCUAAAGCUAGGGCAGUAAAAGCUGAAAUUAAGGAAGAUUUUGUUGAAGAUGAUCCAAUGCAUACAGAGGGUCAGGUAUCCACCUCCCUUGAUCUCAGAGACUUAAAGAAUGAACCAGAUGGGUAUAUCUCAGAUAGGACAGUAAAACCUGAAAUUAAGGAAGAUUUUGUUGAAGGUGAUCCAAUGUUUACAGAGAGUCAGGUAUCCACCUCCUUUGAUCUGAUAGACGUAAAGAAUGAACCAGAUGAGGAUAUCUCAGGUCGGGCAAUAAAACCUGAAAUUAAGGAAGAUUUCGUUGAAGAUGAUGUCAGAUAUACAGAGGCCCAAGUAUCCACCUCCAUUGAUCUGGGGGAAUUAAAGAAUCGACCAAAUGAGGAUAUCUCAGGCUUUCUUGGAGAGGACAACAUAUCGGAAACUACGAAAACAAUAUCUGUACAUUCAUAUGAUGAAGAACAACCAAUGCUUCGACAUAUUGAAGAAAAUACAGUAAAGUGUGAAAUUUGUUUUAAGCAAUUUACUCAGGCAAAUGAUUUGAAAACACAUUUGAGAGUACACACUGAGGAAAAACCUUACAAGUGUGAGAUUUGUUUAAAGCAGUUUAGUUAUCAGAGUGAUUUAAAAACACAUUUGAGAGUGCACACCGGGGAAAAACCUUAUAAGUGUGAAAUUUGUUUAAAACAAUGGAGUACAGCAAGUAAUUUGAAAAAACAUUUGAGAAUUCAUUCUGGGGAGAAAUCUCACAAGUGUGAAAUUUGUUUAAAGCAUUUUACUUAUCAGAGUGAUUUAAAAACACAUUUUAGAGUGCACACUAGGGAAAAACCUUAUAAGUGCGAAAUUUGUUUAAAACAGUUUAGUUAUUCGUGUGAUUUAAAAACACAUUUGAGAGUGCACUCAGGGGAAAAACCGUAUAAGUGCGAGUUUUGCUUUAAGCAGUUUAGUGAUUCGAGUAAUGCAAAGAGACAUAUGAAAUCGCACAUUGGGGAAAAACCUAAUAAGUGCGAAAUUUGUUUCAAGCAAUUUAUUCAAGUAGGUAAUUUGAAAAAACAUUUGAGAUUACAUACUGGGGAAACACCUUAUAAGUGCAAAAUGUGUUUCAAGCAAUUUAUGCAUGCAAGUGAUUUGACAAAACAUUUGAGAUUGCACACUGGGGAAAAACCUUAUAAGUGCGAAAUUUGUUUUGAGCAAUUUGCCCAGGGAAAUAAUUUGAAAACACAUUUGAAAAUGCACACUGGGGAAAAACCUCACAAGUGUAAAAUUUGUUUAAAGCAGUUUGCUCAUAAAUAUUAUUUGGAUAUGCACAUGAACGUUCACACUGGCAAAAAACCUUUCAAAUGCGAAAUUUGUUUUAAGCAAUUCACCUUAGAAUCUUCUUUGAAAAACCAUCUGAGAAUACACACUGGAGAAAAGCCUCACAAGUGUGACAUUUGUUGUAAGCAAUUUAGUCAAGCAGGUACUUUGAAAAGACAUUUGAGAUUGCACACUGGGGAAAAACCUUAUAAGUGUGAGAUUUGUUUUAAGCCGUUUACUCAUUCGAAUAGUUUAAAAAGACAUAUGAGGUUUCACGCUGGGGGAAAACGUUAAAAGUGCGAAAUUUGUUUUAACCCUUUUGUUUGCAAGUAGAACCCCGUAAAUCUGAACUAAUUGGGGGGACAUAUGUUCGGAUUAUCCGAAAGUUAACUUAUAAUUCAAAGCUUUAGUUGUAAGAGAGCUCUAAGUAAGAGCGGCAAACAUUCCGUCCGGAAUGACAAGCCCUGAUGAUGAUGAUGAUGAAUUCACCUUAGAAUCUACUUUAAAAAACCAUCUGAGAAUAUGUACUCACUGGAGAAAAGCCUCACAGGUGUGAGAUUUGUUUUAAGCAAUUUAGUCAAAAAGGUACUUUGAAAAGACAUUUGAGAUUGCACACUGGGGAAAACCUUUAUAAGUGCGAAAUUUAUUUUAAGCCAUUUACUCAUUCGAAUAGUUUAAUAAAAAGACAUAAUAUAUGAGGUUUCACGCUUUGGGAAAACAUUAAAGGCGGGUUGACAUUACUAGUGAAUAACGAACGUGACUCACGCCUACGUAGUUGGCCCGUGCUACACGACUAUGUAAAGAAUUGUUCGUGCAGCACGAUUGUCUCACGAAUGGUCUACGCCACGCUACGAUAGACAUUAAACAUAUUAAGACUGUAUGACACUAUACAUUUUCUUGUAUCAUUUCUAAUCGUUUCUGAUAUGUCAAAAAAAUGCAUAGUGUCAUACACAGAUACAAGAAACGAUAUCAGAAACGAUACAAGAAUUUGAAGACACAGAUUCUUGUACAAGAACUGCGCCAAUUUCUGCGCAAAGAGCAAAAACGUAAAACCUGCUGGUAAAACAUCUAAAAUGUCAUAAUUACUUACUCAUAAUGGCGGCUGAAAUGAAAAUGGGAUCAUGUAUUGAUGAAUUUAUUUGUGUUUUUGUAGGUAUUAUUUAUAAAUCUUAUAUUUAUACUUAAACCGUUUGGUAUGGACUACAGUAAAAUACAAUAGCUCCUAAUUUGGAUCAAAUUGAAGAUAAUUCUAAUGCAAAUAUUUUAGCACAAAUAUCAAAACAAAAUAAAAACACAAAUAAUCAACCUCGAACAGUCAACGUAAAAUUCUGGUUAACAUUAAAAUGUUAAUUAAAAGUUUAUAAAUUUUAUAAAAUCCUUAAAAUCAGCUGUAGAUGUAGAUGCAGUACUACCAUAACGUGACACGGGGUGACAAACAAAAUAUCGACCAAUCACGUGCCGAAUUUCAUACAAUUUUCGAUACAAGAACUUGCAUAGUGUCAUAUACAGGGCACAAAUGUACGUACAAGAAAAUGUAUACAAGAAACGAUAUUAGAAAUGAUACAAGAAAAGGCAGUGUCAUACAGCCUUUAAAUAUUUCACGUUCUAAAGACAGUCACAGAGAGUUUGUAUUUGAUUAAGCACGUGCUUUUAACCUAAAAAAUGAGCGUCUGAAUAAACGGGAAACCGUUAUGUUAGAUUUGUAGAAUUGUACGAAAGUGAUCUUGUACUCUGGAAUGAUUCUGACGCAAGGUAUAAAAAGAACGAGUAGAAAGUAUUGUUCCUCAGCUUAAAAUUGAAAAUUUUACAUUAAAACAUCUACUAGAAAAAUAAUAGCAAUUAUUUCGCAGGUUGCAGUAGUAGCCUCUAAUAUACACAUAUGUUGCAAUAGUAGCCUAGGUAUACACAUGAUGAUGACAUGUUCACUAAUAAAAUAUACAACUACCGUGCCCACUAUUAUUCGUUAUUCACUAAUAAUGUCAACCCGCCUUUAUUACUCUGGAAUGAUUCUGAUGCAAGGUUUAAAAGGAAUGACGCACGAAACGCAGCAGUAGAAAGAAAAUUGUUGCUAAGUUUGAAAUUGAAAAUUUUACAGCAAAACAUGUACUAGAGAAAUAAUAGCUAUUAUUUCGCAGGUUGUAAUAGUAGCUUUUAAUACAAAUUAUGAUGCCAUGUCCACUACUAACAUAUAAAACUCUCGUGCCCAGUGUAAACACGAUAACGUUUCUCAUGAAAUGUAUCGCACAGAAGCGUAGAUAACACUUGUUUUUUAGUGUGAACCACGUUCGUUAUUCACUAGUAAUGUAAACCUAAAACUAUAGUAAAAGAAGAAGUAACAAACUACAACAACUAUAGACGAAUAUAUCUAUUGAGUACAACAUAUAAAAUUCUAACAGCCCUCAUCAGACAAAAACUCACUCAAUUCACAGAGAAAAAGAUUGGGGACUACCAGCAAGGAGCAAGGAUUCAGAGAAGGCAGAUCCACUACAGAUGCGAUCCACAUCAGUACACAAACAAUCGAAAAUUGCCACGAACACAACAUAGAACUCCACAUCCUCUUCGUAGACUUCAGACAAGCCUUUGACUGUAUUGGAAGAAAUAAAUUAUUUAUUGAAAUGAAAAAUCAAGAUAUACCAGCAAAGUUAAUCUGAUUAACAAAAAUGACUAUGAUAGAUCUCGAGCUAAAGUAACAACAGAUAAAUGGAGCACAAAAUCAAUUGCAAUAGAAACAGGAGUGCGACAAGGCGAUUCCCUGUCAAUCACAUUAUUCAACAUAGCAGUAGAAGGAACAGUGAAAGGCCAGCAAAAUUAAAGGAACUAUAGCUUACUCCUCAACACAAAUAGUUGCAUAUACAGAUGAUUUAGUUCUUAUGGGAAGAGAUAAGGAAAGAUUAAAAGCAGUAACAAUCCUGACAAAGGAAGCACGGAAAAGAGGUCUAAAAAUUAACGAAGGAAAAACAAAAUAUCUACUCUGCUGUAAAAGAAAAGAUAACAGGACGAGAGAAAUCAAAAUAGAAAACUGCACUUUUGAAAGAGUCCAACAAUUUAAAUAUUUGGGAGUAAUAGUAAAUGGCCAAAAUAAGAGAAGUGAAGAAGUCACGGAGUGAAUACUAGCAGGCAACAAAACAUACUGGAGAUAUCAUAGGCUAAUGAAAGACAAAAACUUAUCUAGAAAUACAAAACUGAAAAUAUACAGAGUUGCAAUCAGACCAGUAGUUACGUACGCAGCUGAGACAAUGUGCCUCACGGAAAAAGAUGAAGAAAAAUUGAGAAUAUUCGAAAGGAAAAUCCUCAGAUGGAUUAUGGGCCCGAUAAGAAUGGGCAACGGAGAAAUGAGAAAAAGAAUGAACCAUGAAUUAAGAGACAUAAUGAAGGGAGAAGAUAUUGUUAGAUUUAUUAAAGCGCAGAGGCUGAGAUGGCUGUGACACAUCGAGAGAAGGAAAAACGACCUACUGAUUAAGAAAAUAACCAGAUGGAAACCAGAAAUUGAAAGACCAGGGGAAGAACCAGAGAGAGAUGGGAUGACCAGGUCAUGAGAGAUAUCAAAAUUCUGGAAGUGAGAAACUGUGAAACAUUGUAAUGAAAGCCAAGUCAUACAACAUACAAGUGGAAUGCGGAGUGAUUCAUCGCAAUAAGCGAAUCAGAGAGCUCUAAGUAAGAGCGGCAAACAUUCCGUCCGGAAUGACAAGCCCUGAUGAUGAUGAUGAUGAAUUCACCUUAGAAUCUACUUAAAAAAAUCAUCAGAGAAUACUCACUGGAGAAAAGCCUCGACAAGUGUGAGAUUUGUUUUAAGCAAUUUAGUCAAACAAGUACUUUGAAAAGACAUUUGAGAUUGCACACUCGGGAAAACCCUUAUAAGUGCGAAAUUUGUUUUAAGCCAUUUACUCAUUCGAAUAGUUUGAAAAGACAUAAUAUGAGGUUUCACGCUGGGGGAAAACAUUAAAGACGGGUUGAUAUUACUAGUGAAUAACAAACAAGCAGUGGCGGCCGGUCGGGGUCGGCAGUGCUGACCCACAAAUUUAUAGAUAUAGAUUUUUUUAAUAUUUGUAUCUGUGAAGUAAAAAAAUUUGUCAGAUAAUACAGACUAAAUUUUAUUCAUGGUUUUUAAAAGGAUUUGAUCAAUCCAAGCGUUAAGUGAUCCCUGCGCAUAACAGACUUCUCAAAAAAUGAAUGAUCCGAGCCAUUCAUCUGACUUUUCGGCUAGCCGAGCCCAACUCAUCCGUAGCUUGACGAUUUACACGUAAAACUCAACGAAAUAACAAGUCGAUGAGCAAGCGAACAUGCAUUCUCUCCAUAGGCUUUUAAGCGGCAGGUACGGCACAUCACCGAUCUGCCGGUCGGUGUUUCAUUUGGAGGCAUCGCAUCGGCAGAAAUUAUCAAAAAUAAUCACGCCGUUUUACGUCGUUUAGUUGAUAUUGUAAUUUUUUUAAGUUGUCAGGAAUUAUCAUUUAGUGGACAUAUUGGAUCGAAGCAUUUGUUAAAAAUCAAAGCAAUUAUAGAGAAUUAAUAAAAUUGUUUUAGAAAUAUUUACUUUCUGAUUCGAAGUGUAUUCGUAAUACAGAAUGAACUAAUACAUAUAAUCAAAUAGUUAUAUUUUGAAUAACGAUAUUGAAUCUGAGAUUUAGAAAACCAUUUGCUUUUCGCUGGAAGUAGAUGAAACUUCUGAUUAUCAUGUCAUUCACAAUUAUCAAUUAUUGUUGUUCGAUACGCGUUACGUGGUAAUAUUUAUGAGAGGUUUUUAGGUUUUAGAGACGUGAGUUAAAGCAAUAAGGCAAAAUAUAUUUUUGGUGUUUUAAAGAACAAAUUAAAAUUUUUUGAUAUCAAAAAUAAAUUGGUAGGGCAAACUAGGGCAAUCUUAUGACGGCGUUGCUGUGAUGUGUGGUGAAUUGAAUGGUCUCCAGGCAAAAGUUAAAACUAUUGCAUUACAAGCUUUAUUUAUUCACUAUUAUGCGCAUAUAAUGAAUUUAGUUUUGCAUGAUACGUGUAAAAAAAAUUAAGAAUAUCGUCAUUUCUUGCCAGUUUAGCUCACCUAAACGGAUUACUGGUUUAGAACAAAUUUGUUUCGAAAAAAGCAAACAGUUUGUCAGACGCGAUGAAAUUUUAAAUCUCAGGUUAGUUUUAUCUAAGCAGAUUAUCUCUGGUAGUUUUAGUAUCUGUAGCAGAUUUUCGUGAACAGCUUUUGGAAGUUUUUGAUUUUAUUAUUGAAGGCGACGAUUUUGAAAGUGGCGAUACCUCGAUCCGUGAAGCAAUCAGUUUGAAAACUUUAUUAAAUAAUUACUCUUUUAAUAUUCUUUUAAAUAUUUUUAAGACAGAGUUUGCCCAAGAUAUUCAUUGUUGUUCAAAAUUAGUCAACUGACGUUAUUUAUUCCAAAAAUAGAAUGCGAAAGCUGGUGCAAAAUCUAAGAGAUUUUCGUAAUGAUAGUAGUUUCCAAUAUACCUAUACGCAGUGACGUUUUGGAUUCGCUUGAUAUUUCCGAACCAUCCCAAAAAAGACAACGACAUGAUACAUAUCUCGAAAAACGAGUAGGUAUAUCUUGAAAUUUUGGAUACCUACUAUUAUAUGCAAAUAGAUACUCGUUUUUCGAAUUUUGAAGAUUUGAAAAUUUUUGACCUCUUUGACGAUUCAAAAUUUAAAAGUUGCCUUCGCCAAAGAAUUUUCAAGAUAUUUAUUAUUACAAGUUAGGUACAUAAAAAUUAUGCCGAUCCAAAUAUUUUCAGAAAGUGGGAUAAGUUACAAAAUAUCGUCCCUUAGCUUACAACACCGCUCAAGUCGAAAAUUGGACAGUAUAUUUGGAAUUAUGUAUAUGACAUAUACAUACCGUUGGAUAGGUCUGCUCAUUGCGCAUCUAACCAUUUGUCACAUGAUUUAGAUUUCAGUCAAUCAGAUGCCGUAAUUCAAAAAGUAGUGACACUGCGCAAGUCAUCAACCUGUAUCAUGGUCAACACCGCACAAGUCGCUCUGUGAUUAUAUGUUUGUACGUGAGUUUUACUGCUGAAAAGUCUAGUAACCAAGAAGUUUUUAUAGAAGAUUAAGAGAUAAGCUAUAUAAUAAAGUAAUGUUUAUUCAUUUACGCGUAUUAAUAUAGAAAGAAAUGAUAAUAAAAUAACUUAAGCGGUGUUUACUAACGGUAUUUUUUUAAACUUAGGCGGUGUUUCAAAAAGUAGUUUUUUUCGUCUCCUGUAAAGUUGGUAAAAAUUACUUAUGCGGUGUUGUUAGCUAAGGGACGAUAUGUAUGUAUAAUUAUAUGUAAUAAGUACUGCAAUCCAUUACAACAAACUGUUCAUCAAUUUUCUUAUUACCACCAAUUUCUGCCUCAAAUAAACGGGAUUUAUAUUGUCUCAAAAGAAUCAACACGUAUUGUGGAAACAUCAUGAAACAAGAGAGAACGUCAAGUACAUCAAAUAAAAAAAAACAAAAAACAACAAAUUCUCCUAUGAUGAUUUAAGCCUUAUAGUUUGAUGGUAUACCUAUAUGAGGAGACAAAAAACCUUGCCGACCCUGUCUUUAAGGCCACGAGCCGCCACUGCAAACAAGGACCGAGGAUCGCGGACAAGACAGUAAGAGUGAGAUUCUCAUUAAAAAUUGAAUCAAGUCCGCGACUCCCAAAUGAGUUCGUGAAGAUUAAAAAAAAACGCUUCACGCUUGAAGGUGCGAAAUUUGUUCAUAAAUAAAACAUCUUUGGAUCGACAUACGAAAGUUCACACUGCACUGGUUAACGCACUACCUUAAAAAUUGAUCAUUUUUAAUGUCUCGAAUUUCCUAAACCUGUUAUCCGAUUUAAGUGAUUUUUUUAACAUGUCACAUAGUACAUUGAAUCGUGGAUUUUGCUUCAAAUUUUAAAGAACCGCUUAGAUUCACAUAAAAUAUUGCUUACACAUAGGUAACAUGUCAAAAAAGACAAGUGAUAUUGUGCCGAUGUGGCGCUUUUGUCCCUUCUCAAAGGUGAAAAAAAUUAAAGUAAGUCUGGAAAUGGAUAAACUGACUAAUUCUAAGCAACUUUUUUUCUAUAGAGGUUUUUCAGUCAGUCAAUACUUUCAGAGUUAUUCGCGAGUGAAUGUGUUCAUUUUGUUAACAAGAUCACGUUUUUAAAUGGUUUUUCGCAAAUAACUCAGGAAGUAAGUAUUUAUCAAAAAAACAUUCUUAGCAAAAAUAUACCUAUCAUAUAAAAAAAAGUGAAAAAAAUGGUGUACUUAUGAAUGAACUCCUAGACCCAGUAGAAGCAAAGUUGUAGCUGAUGAAAAAUAGGUUCAUGUCAGUCAAAUUUCAAAGUAAAAAAAAAACAGAAAUAAAUAAACAAACGCUCAUAUGGUAUUCAUUGAUCUUGUUCCAUUAGUAAUGAAUCAUUAGUAUUUAGUAUAAAAAGUUAUGUUCCUAAUUAUUACAAAUAAAUUAUUAUACCAAUAAAA